GGCGGGGGUGGUGGCGUGCUCUCCCCCGCAGCGAGGAAACCAGCUAACCAGGCCCGGAAGGGAGGGGGCUCGGUCUCCGACGGGGGGCGGUGACAUGUCUCUCGAAGACCCGUUUUUUGUAGUCCGAGGCGAGGUGCAGAAGGCGGUGAACACAGCCCGCGGGCUGUACCAGCGCUGGUGUGAGCUCCUGCAGGAGGGCGCCGCGGUCGGACGCGAGGAGCUGGACUGGACGACCAAUGAACUGCGGAAUGGCCUGCGCAGCAUCGAGUGGGACCUCGAAGACCUGGAGGAGACCAUCGGCAUAGUGGAAGCCAACCCAGGCAAAUUCAAGCUCCCAGCUGGGGACCUGCAGGAGAGAAAGGUAUUCGUGGAGCAGAUGCGAGAAGCUGUCCAGGAAAUGAAGGACCAUAUGGUCAGCCCAGCAGCCAUAGCCUUCAUGGAGAGAAAUAAUAGAGAGAUGCUAACGGGCAAGCCAACUGCCCAGAAGCCAUCCAGUGACCUGCUGGAUGCCAGCGUGGUCUCUGUCACCUCUCGCUACAUUGAGGAGCAGCAGGCCACACAGCAGCUGAUCAUGGACCAACAGGAUCAACAGCUGGAAUUGGUGUCUGGGAGCAUCCGGGUUCUGAAACACAUGUCCGGCCGCGUUGGGGAGGAGCUGGAUGAGCAGGGCAUCAUGCUGGACACCUUUGCUCAUGAGAUGGACCACACCCAGUCCCGGAUGGAUGGGGUCCUCAGGAAGAUGGCCAAAGUGUCCCAUAUGACAAGUGACCGCCGACAGUGGUGUGCAAUUGUGGUGCUGUUGGGGGUGCUUCUCCUGGUUCUCAUCCUGCUCUUCUCUCUCUGAUCCUGGCUCUCCCAGGGGGCUGGUCCCUCAAGCUGGGGGAGCUGGUAGGGCCCUGCCUCCUGGGAGGAGGAUGUCACGUCUGGGGAGCUGUCCCAAGGCUCUCAUCGAGAGCCAGUGGGACCCUCAGGGCCCUUGGUUGGAGCCCCCACCACUGGUUCUUUCUCAAGUGCACUUAGGGGGUGGCGGAGGUAGGGGGACCUCAGACACACCCUGUCCCAUUUCUAUUUCCAGUGCCCCCAAGCCAUUUAUUCACCCCUGUGCCUUCUACAUGUGCCAACUUGGAAAUAAAAUCCCAGCCUUUUUCAUACAUA